UUGACCGGCCGAAUCAAUGUUUGUUGUCAGUUUGCAGGUGCAAUCGUGCCACCCGAUUCCCUGAAACUAAAGCAUGGUCCCUGGAAACGUCAGAAUACUGUCGAAAUUUCGGAGAUAUCAAAACCGGCCACUAUCGAACCCUGGAAUCCACUUUUUGUUUUCGCCAAUAAAUUAAGUGGAAAUGGCGAUGGGGAUUUGGUUUUACAGGCUUUCAGAAAAGUUCUGAAUCCGAUGCAAGUUUUCGAUUUUUCGGAAGUCGUUCUUAACGAUUACAUAUGUUCUUUGCGAUCAGUUCCUUCUGAUUGCCAAGCUGUAAUUGUGGCUGCGGGUGGAGACGGAACGAUUAGCUGGAUACUGACGUUGAUCGAACAGGUUUUUCAACCCAACGAGCGAAAGCCAUUGCUGGCGAUUGUACCACUGGGUACGGGCAAUGACCUGAGUAGGGUUUUAGGCUGGGGUUCGGCCAGCGCCGGUGACAUAGAUGUCAAACGCUUGAUAUUGGCCAUUAAGCACUCAAAGCCGGUGUCGCUUGACCGCUGGAACGUGCGUAUCACUUUGAUUUCCAGAUUUGGCAUGAAAUGGAUACAACAGAAUUUCAAGAUGAACAACUACUUGUCGGUUGGUGUAGACGCUCUGGUAACACUGAACUUCCACCAUCGUCGAAAACACCUGCCUCGCGUCAUGUCUGGGCGUUUUAUCAACAAAUUGUUGUUUUUCACGUACGGUACGAAGGAUGUGCUUGAACGCGCUUGUCGCAAUCUGCAGGACUUCGUGGAGGUCCGGUUGGAUGACCGGCUGAUUUCGCUCUCGCAAAUCGAAGGUAUAGUCGUACUGAACAUCCCGUUUUGGGGUGCCGGCGUUCGUCCUUGGCAGAUGGGUUCUGCUGGUGAAGGGUUGAUGCCAUUUCCGGCACAGGCGAUCGACGACGGUGUCUUAGAGGUGUUCGCUUUGUAUUCAUCGUUCCACAUUGCACAGAUGCAGGUUGGUCUUUCGGAACCUUUACGACUGGGUCAAGCAAAACGUGUUGAACUGAUGAUCAAAAACAAUACUUUGCCAAUGCAGGUCGACGGCGAGCCAUGGAGUCAUAUUCGACUGAUAUCGUUUAAUUGUCACGGUGGUAAGACGUUUUCAGGUAUGUCUGCUGUUCAACGGGUUUUUCUUUCCUCUGAUGCGUACCUCGUCUGCUUGCUGCAGGCCACAUCUACAGAAGGUGAAGAAGUCAUGGGUCUUUUGGUCGGUUACACGGAGAAGGACAAAGGAUACUGCCAUAUUAUCAAUGUCAUUCCGUGCUUGCGACUGGACAAGCGUAAGGACAGGGUCGAAAUUUCAUCUGAAGAGUUGUCUGCUGCCAUGAGCUACACAGAGAAACUGAGCGCGGACCUUCAAAAGCGCGAAAGCAGCCUAGCAUCGAAACUACCCCUGACCAUAGUCGGUUGGUACCACAGCCACCCGCACAUCACAGUCUUUCCGUCCAGCACCGACGUCAGAACGCAAGCCUGCUACCAACAGUUGGAACCGAUGUGGCUCGGUUUAAUCUUCAGCGUUUACAACUCCGACGAAUCGACGGGGGCAGCACGGAUACAGUAUAUCGGAUUUCAAGUAUUUCUUUCUUUGUUAUGA